CCGGUGCUCCUCCUCCUCCCCUCCUCUCUGUCCUCCUGGAUUCAUUGGAGAGCAAACUUGUGGAGGCUGCUAGAUGUGUCAUGGGGCAAAACCCCCAAAAGAAAACCCCUCAGCUAUUGUUUUUAAAACAAUCUCACUUGGAGAAGACUGGUCUUAAAUAUUCUGUGAUUUUUAUAUUUUUUAUAUAUAUAUAAAAGAGAUGAAGAACCUUUGGCCAAGGAGUUUCUAAAAGGCAGGUGAAAGGAGCUCAAGGUAUCUCAGAGGAACAAGUCAAAUCAGUUGGAUUAAAAGAAAAGUCAACUUGGGGAGGCAAAACAAACACUCCUAACUUUAUGCCUGCUCCCAAGACAAAACUCAGUGAAGGACCCCAACCCAAAAGAAACAAAUGGGUUUUUUUUUUAAAAAAAAAAUGAGAGUGAACCCCAAAUGUAAGUAAAGGGGCGUUGCAGAAAAAUGAAAGAAGUUCAAGGCCUAGACCUAAAAAGGAGGAGGGGACUGCAGUACCCAGAAGGAGGCUCUCUUCUCAGAUCAGCCUAGCAGAAGGCACUGAAUGGAAAAAGCCUGUCAUGGAUCCUCUGUGCUUAUUUGGGAAUGAGCCGUGGACUUACAACUGCUCCUUCAACAAUUACACCAUGGAGAACCAGACGUCCCAGACCAACAGAACUUUCACCAUUAAAAGGAACGAAGACAUUGCCAAGGUGGAGGUGGCAGUGCUCUGCCUCAUUUUCUUCCUUGCCCUGACUGGAAACUUGUGUGUACUAAUGGCUAUCUACACAACCCGUCACAAGCAUUCCCGCAUGUAUUUCUUCAUGAAGCACCUGAGCAUUGCUGACCUGGUGGUGGCCAUCUUUCAGGUCUUGCCUCAACUCAUCUGGGACAUCACUUUCAGGUUCUAUGGGCCAGAUUACCUCUGCAGGUUGGUCAAGUACCUGCAAGUGGUGGGGAUGUUUGCUUCCACCUACAUGCUCCUGCUGAUGUCUCUAGAUCGAUGUCUGGCCAUCUGUCAACCUCUGAGGUCUUUACACAGGAGGUCAGACCGGUUGUCUGUCCUCCUCACUUGGAUGGUGUGCCUUCUUUUCAGCAUCCCACAGCUCCAGAUAUUUUCCAUGAGAGAUGUGGAUCAUGGAGGUAUUGAUUGCUGGGCAACGUUCAUUCAACCCUGGGGACCUAAAGCCUAUAUCACCUGGAUAACCUUGACUGUCUACAUUAUCCCCAUGUUUGUCCUAAGUGUCUGCUAUGGCUUGAUCAGUUUCAAAAUCUGGCAGAACAUUAGGCUAAAAACAGUCCAUGAGACCAAUGUUAACCUAACCUCUAGUAACUGCCAUGGGGGUACUCUCUCUAGGGUGAGCAGUAUCAAAUUAAUUUCCAAGGCCAAGAUCCGGACAGUCAAAAUGACCUUCAUCAUAGUCUUGGCAUUCGUUAUGUGCUGGACUCCUUUUUUUAUUGUUCAGAUGUGGAUUGUUUGGGAUGAAAAUGCUCCAAAAGAAGAAAUUCCGUUCAUAAUCACCACACUCCUAGCAAGUCUAAACAGCUGUUGUAACCCUUGGAUCUACAUGCUUUUCACGGGGCAUCUCUUCCACGAUCUCUUACACCGGUUUCUCUGCUGCUCCUCACGGUAUUUAAAAUCUCGGCAAGGAUGUGACCUGAGCGUCAGCAAGAAAAGCAAUUCUUCCACUUUUGUCCUGAGCCUCAAAAGCUCCAGUCAAAGGAGUUUCACACAGCCGUCCACAGCAUGAUGAGAAUGAAGAAUCCAGGUCUCCAUGAACUCUGCCACAAUGAGUAGGAUAGGAUCAAAGGAGUUGGUAGAGACCCCAGGGCCAUCCAGUCUAACCCCUGCCAUACAGGAAGACACCACCGUCAAAGCACUCUCAAUGGAUGGCCAUCCAGCCUCUGUUUAAAAACUUCCAAAAAAGGAAAUGUCACCAAAUGCCAAGGCAGGGUGUUGCACUGUUGGACAGCUUGUAGCUGUAAACUGGCUUCAGUGUGUACAUAUUUAAAACUGAGAGGCCAAGAUAUACAAGAGUGUUUGGAUGUAAAUACAGAUCUACAUAUAUAGAUAUAAAUAUACAUAUUAUAGAGAUAACAUGUAUUUAAAAAUGAGUGUAUUACAUAAUCUGAUUGUUUGUUAUUUAACAAAGAGACCAGAUAAGAGAAAGUUGAGUACAGUCUAAAUAAUAUUUCGGGCCUCUAAUACUGGGUGGAUGCCUGUAUCAGGAGAUGUACUUGUGGUAUGUCUCCCAAGGUCCUCAAACCCACCUUUUUAAAAGUGAAACAGACUCCUCUCCCAGCACACGCAGCCAUUUCCAUGUUGUUAGAGAACAGGAGCAUCAGCAGAGAUGGACUCAGCUAUUUCCCUGUAAGUGGAUGAGCUGCAACAGGCAUCCAUAGGGAUCUCUGGGGGGCCUGAGGAGGUCCUGUAGAUGAUGUUCUUUCAGCAUAUCCAGCUACAGAAAAAUAGAUGGACAUGCUUCUGCUGAUCCCAUAUCUCCUCCCUUGUUUUCCAAAUGACAUGGAAAUGGAUGUUUUGCAACAAUUGCUUUGCUCAAAAAGUAGGUUCUGGGGAUGCAUUUUGAUUGUUGAGCAGGGAGUAAAGAAUUCCAGCCUCAGCAACAACCAAAAAAGUGGAUUGUGAUGACUGAAGUCUGACUUCAACUAUUGUAAGUCACCACAAGAUUUUGACCAUUAUGUU